UUAAUUCAUUUACGAAGUCACAUUGGUUUUGUUGGACAAGAACCUGUACUUUUCAGUGGUACCAUCGCUUACAAUAUAACCUAUGGUCUAGAAUAUCAUGUCUCUCAAAGUGAGAUCGAAGAUGCUGCCAAACAGGCAAAGAUUCAUGAUUUCAUUCGUGAUCUACCCCAAAAGUACGAGACUGUUGUCGGAGAAAGGGGAAUGCUCUUGAGCGGAGGUCAAAAGCAAAGAAUUGCAAUCGCUCGAGCCUUGAUUCGUAAGCCAAACAUUUUACUUUUAGAUGGAGCGACUUCCGCAUUGAUUCCAUUUUAA